AUGUCCAAAAGAUCACAGUCUGUCAACUAUGCUGAACUUGAUGAUGAAAAUUUCUCUGAUGAAGGGUACAUUGACAUAGAUGAUGAUGAUUAUGGUACACCCAGAAAGAGGAAGGCAAAUAAGGCAACUGCCGAUGAAGUUGCUCAACAACUAAAGAAACAAAAGGCCCGUAUGGCUGUAAACUCGGUCAAGGGUCUGUUACUGGAGCAAAACUUUUCAGAUGAUGAUUUGCUAGAUGUAACCCCUGAUUUACCUCCAGGUUAUAUCCCUGAUGCAGUUUCGAAGUCUUUUGGUGCAUCCGAUUUCUCAUAUCUCAAAUUAAAGCCAGACCAUUUUACGAGACCCUUAUGGAUAUCUCCAAAUGACAUGAGGAUUAUUCUAGAGUCAUUCUCGCCAUUAGCUGAGCAAGCGCAAGAUUUUUUAAUCACAAUUGCUGAGCCAAUCUCGAGGCCCUCACACAUACACGAGUACAAGAUAACUCCAUUUUCAUUGUAUGCAGCCGUUUCAGUGGGACUAGAAACCAAUGAUAUAAUAUCUGUAUUGAAUAGGUUAUCAAAAGUGCCUGUGACAGACACCAUUGUCGAAUUUAUUAAAGCCGCAACUGUAUCAUAUGGUAAGAUCAAGUUAGUUUUGAAAAACAAUAGGUAUUUUGUUGAAAGUACACAAGCGGAUAUAUUGCAAAUGUUGCUCAAAGAUGAGGUUAUUGGCCCUUUGAGAAUACAAUCCACUGAAAACACUGUGACCAGCAACGGGUUGGUUCAAUCGGCACCUCCGCAGAAUGACAUUGAAAUACCGGGAACCAAAAAGAAAGAAGAGUCCGCUGCUGACGCAACAAAACCAUCCAAUGAAGCUGAAGACAUUUUUGCUUCGGUUGUUGGAAGUCGAGACGACGAAGAUGACUUGGACACUGUACACUCGUUCGAGAUAUCCCACGACUCUGUGGAAAUUGUAAAGAGGCGAUGUCAAGAGAUUGACUAUCCAGUUUUGGAAGAGUAUGAUUUCCGUAAUGAUGCAAGAAAUCCCGACCUUGAAAUUGAUUUGAAACCCUCAACGCAAAUCAGGCCAUAUCAAGAGAAAUCAUUGUCGAAAAUGUUUGGAAAUGGAAGAGCUAGAUCAGGUAUCAUUGUGCUUCCGUGUGGUGCCGGAAAGACGUUGGUUGGAAUUACUGCUGCUUGCACCAUCCGAAAGUCUGUUAUUGUAUUGUGUACCUCAUCAGUUUCGGUUAUGCAGUGGAGGCAACAGUUCUUGCAAUGGUGUACAAUACAACCGGAAAAAGUUGCUGUAUUCACAUCAGAGAACAAAGAAAUGUUUGCCAGUGAAUCUGGCUUAGUAGUUUCCACGUAUUCAAUGGUUGCAAACACUCGUAACAGGUCGCAUGAUUCGCAAAAAGUGAUGGAUUUUCUUCGAUCACGAGAAUGGGGGUUUAUCAUCUUGGAUGAGGUGCAUGUUGUCCCUGCCAAUAUGUUUAGACGUGUUGUUACGACUAUAGCUGCGCACGCCAAGCUUGGCUUAACAGCUACUUUGGUGCGUGAAGAUGACAAGAUUGAUGAUUUGAAUUUCUUGAUUGGUCCCAAAUUGUACGAAGCAAAUUGGAUGGACUUGGCACAAAAGGGACACAUUGCAAAUGUUCAAUGUGCUGAAGUGUGGUGUCCGAUGACGGCUGAAUUUUAUCAAGAGUAUUUGCGGGAAAGUGCCCGUAAAAGGAUGCUAUUGUAUAUUAUGAAUCCUACCAAGUUUCAAGCAUGUCAGUUUUUGAUCCAUUAUCAUGAAAAGAGGGGCGACAAGAUCAUUGUGUUUAGUGAUAAUGUGUAUGCACUUCAAGAGUAUGCAUUGAAACUUGGUAAACCAUUUAUAUAUGGAUCUACGCCGCAACAGGAGAGAAUGAAGAUUUUGCAGAAUUUCCAACACAAUGAUCAAAUAAACACCAUUUUUUUGUCGAAAGUGGGUGAUACAUCCAUUGACUUGCCUGAGGCUACAUGUUUGAUUCAAAUAUCAUCGCAUUAUGGGUCCAGAAGACAAGAGGCUCAAAGAUUAGGUAGAAUUUUGCGAGCCAAGAGACGUAAUGAUGAAGGGUUUAAUGCAUUUUUCUACUCUUUGGUGUCGAAAGAUACUCAAGAAAUGUAUUAUUCCACAAAGAGACAAGCAUUCCUAGUUGACCAAGGUUAUGCAUUCAAAGUCAUUACACAUUUGAGUGGCAUGGAGCAAUUACCUGACUUGGCGUAUGCAUCAGCUAGAGAACGUCGAGAAUUGUUGCAGCAAGUGUUGUUGAAGAAUGAAGAUGCUGCCGGUUUGGAAAUUGGUGAUGAUGUAGAUACGAAUUUCAUUUCCCGAGAGCAAAGACAAAGGAUGGACAAUAGCAAACAAAGUGGUGCUACUCGAUCGGCUGGUUCGUUGGCUGGGUUGGCUGGUGGUGAAGAUAUGGCUUAUAUUGAGUAUAGCAGGAACAAGAAUAAGGAGUUGGGAGCGCAUCACCCAUUGAUUCAAAAGAUGUAUUACAAGAAGAAGCAACAGCAACAACAACAACUGCAAGAGCAACAACUGCAGCUGCUGCAACAACAUCAAGGACGCAGAUAG